AUGCCAAAGAAAGCUAAGAAAGGUGGAGGAGGUAAAGGUGGAGGGAGGACAGAGGAGGAGCGGCUGGUGUACCUGCAGCAGAGAGCGCAGGCUGAGGAGGAGAUGGCCCAGAAGAAGGAGGAGAUCCUGACACUGUUCCUGCAGGACAAGCUGCAGAAGGAGGAGAGGAACACGGCGGUGAACCUGCUGAAGGUGAACGAAGGCUGGAGGUCGAGUCUCCGUCAGACACGAGCCGCUGAGCUCCGCGAAGACGCCGCCAUCUUCGGUCAGACGUUUGAGAACAAGCUGGACGGCCUGGGCAGCACCAUGAAGAAUCUGGAGCGUGCCCUGCAGGAGGUGGAGCGUCAGUCGGCUCAGGUGCGGCGGGUUCACCUGCCGCACCUGGAGAGUCUGAGGGCUCAGCAGGACAAACAGCUGAUGUUCCAGCAGCGGCAGUGGGAGAACGGCUUUGAGCACUUGAGCUCCAGCUUCGCCUCUGAGAGGACCCGGAUGCUGGCGCAGUCCCAGCAGCAGCGAGCGGACCUGGAAGACGCUUCGUUCAUGUUGGAACAGCGACACCAAGAGGUGAUGCAGGAGACUCACGCACUGUACAACGACUGCAUCGUGUCGCAACACAGCGAUCAGGAAGACAAGACGGAUACUAAGGUCCAGGAGGCCAAGGAGAGGCUGAAGGAGAAGAAGCAGGAGGUUCUGCAGCUCUACAGCAACGAAGCAGAAAAGCUGGACAAGCUGGUCCUCAGGAAGCAGGGGUGCGUUCAAGCGACGGACGAACUCACGAAGAAGGUUCAAGAGCUGAAGGACUUGUCCCUUCAGCUGAAGGUGAAGAUCAGCUCCGCUGAAGCAACAAAGGAGCAGGUGGAGGAACAUGUGAUGGCCGCCAGCAACGAGACGAAUAAAAAAACCCACGCGCUUCAGAGUCAGCUGACCCAGAACCAGACGGCGGCGCGGAGACGGCUCACCGAGCUCACCGUGCAGAGCAACAACGCCACAAAGAAGCUGCAAGCAGUUAUCAGCAAGGCUGACAAAGUUUUACGCGUCGGCGAAAUGUGUCGGAAGCUGGAGAGCGAACAGGAAAACGUCUUCACGUCAGCGUCGCCAGCUGCACCCAAUCAGAGCUCUGACACUGAGACGGAGGGCGCACCUGAGGAGAAAUCUGAGUUUGCAGAGCUGCAGCACGUGACCCGGCGCAUCAACGAGGCUCUGCUGCACCGAGAAGCUCUGAAGGAAGAGAAGGAGCACCUGAGCCGAGAGAACCGGCAGCUGAGGAUUCUGCUGCGGCAGCACCUGGACGCCAUGACGGCCAGCGACCGCACCUUCGACGGACGCGACGCUCUGCUCACCGCGUACAGGGCCCCGACCACGACGGUCCCGUCGGACUCCGACAGACGCCACACGGUCAUCGAGGCCGUUCACGCCGUCAGACAGUCGCUGUAACACAGACACAAAGGACUGAUCAUAAAGUUCCGCUGAUUAGAAAGAACGACGACAACUUUACCACAAAAAUACAAGAAAACACACCGCGUGAGACGUGUGUGUGUGUGUGUGUGUGUGUGUGUGUGUCACCAACAGUUCACA